AUGGAAAAUAAUUUCAACUUGGAUGAUUUUGAUCUUAAUCUGAAUAGCAAUCAAUAUUCUGACUAUAAUUCAUAUGUGCAAGGUAAUUCUCCCUCUCAAAAUUUUCAACAGUCAUUUUAUGCUAAUAGUACUGUUUGUGAAGAUGUAGAGGAUAGUGUCCCGGAGACACAACCUCCGAUCAUGACACAUCCGCUGCCUGUCAGACCAAAUCAAAGAAUUCCUGAAGCUGUUGCGUCUCGGAGUUGGUCUAUUCAAGAGGAUGAAGUUCUGGUUGCUGGUUAUAUGACAUAUUGCACCGAUGUAGUAUUGGGAACCGAUCAGAAAGCAAUUGAUAUUUGGAAACAAGUUUCUGCAUACUACGACAAAGUUCAAGAGGAAAGGCCUUACGAAGUUGCUAAAAGAGGCCUCAGAAUGUUAGAAAGUCAUUGGAGAAGGAUAGCUGCAGAUGUACAGCUCUGGGCUGCUUCCUUUGAAAAAGAUGAAGAUUUAUUUGCAAAAAGUGGGAAUAGCAAUGGGGACGUAUACAGUAUCGCCCAGAAGCUUUUCCGCGAUUCUGUAAAAUCAGGACCCAAGAACUUCACAUGUGAGCAUGCUUGGAAGAUGGUUUGUGAUCAACCAAAGUGGAGGCGAAGGAUGAGGUGGGGUAUUUCAAAGGAAGAAAGAGAGUUACGUGACAACGUAGAAGGAACUCCACAAGAUAGUGAAGGCAGUGGCAAGAGAACUAGGCUUGAUGAUGAUGGUAACAAUGUCUUAGGAAGUGGUGAAAGUUUCGUAUCUGGGGGUCUGAAUCGACCAGAUGGUGUUAAAAAAACUAAGGCUAGAAGAAAAGGAAAAGGGGCAUCAUCAUCAGAGGCAGUUUCUAGUUUUGGUGAUAGUUUACAAGCUAACACUGCAAUGAGGCUUCAAGAGAACCAAACCCGCCAAAGGAGACUGGAGUUUGACAUGUUAAGGGAAGCCAGGAUGAAACAGCAAGUGGAAAUAGAGGCGAGGCAUGUUCAAGUUUCUGAGACAAAUGUUGAAAUUGAAAGAAAGAGGCUCGAGAUGGAACCGAUGAAGAUGAAAAAUGAGUUCUUGCAAAUAUUGAUGUCGAAGGGAAAUUUAACUGCAUUUGAAGAACAAACCAAGGAAAGAUUAAUUACGGAGCUUUAUGGUGGUACUAAUUAG